AUGGAUACUUCACAUUUUCGUCGUCGAUGUUUCAUCUUGCUUAUAGUUCUAUUUUAUUCCUCUGUGUUUAAUUUAGCUUCCAAUAUGGAUAUUUCUGAUGAUGCAAGAGGCAGAAAAAUCAACAGUACCCCGAAACGUUUUCUCGGUAGUACAGUUGACAAUGGCACGGACACGGGCGAUGGAUAUAUUCUAUGUGCAGAAGCUGAUCUCGAACUUCCGAUGUUGGAUUUUAAUUGCUACCAAACACCUAAAGGUGUUAUUAAAAAGAUCAAUUUCGUUGAUUAUGGCAAUCCUUCCGGUAAGUGUGAACACUAUAGACACGGCAACUGCGGCGCUAAAACUGCCAUGAAUGUCGUCAAAAAGAAUUGUCUUGGAAAAGGCAGGUGUUUGCUUUUGGUUUCGGACGAGAUGUUUGGUCCGAGUCACUGCAGUAAAGAUAUUAAGCUUUUUGUUCAAGUCACUUGUACAAAAGAUUAG